CAGCGUGGCGCAUAGAUGGUGAGGAGCACAGUCAGGCAGCUUGAAGAGCUGCAUGCAGUUGAGAUGUCUGGGACUGUAGCUGACAUUUCCUUGGUGCACUGGAAGCAGCAAUGGCUGGAGAACGGUACCCUUUAUUUCCACGUUUCCAUGAACAGUGCUGAGCAGCUGUCCCGGGUUACGCCGCCCACCCUCCAAGAGCCUUCGGAGAUAGUGGAGGAACAGAUGCACAUUCUUCACAUCUCUGUCAUGGGCGGCCUGAUUGCUCUGCUGUUGCUCCUGCUGGUGUUCACAGUAGCGCUGUAUGCCCAGAGGCGCUGGCACAAGCGUCGCCGGAUCCCCCAGAAGAGCGCAAGCACCGAGGCCACCCACGAGAUCCACUACAUCCCUUCAGUGCUGCUGGGGCCGCAGGCCCGGGAGAGCUUCCGCAACUCCCGCCUGCAAGCCCACAACUCUGUCAUCGGCAUGCCCAUCCGCGAGACCCCUAUUCUGGAUGACUAUGAGGACGAGGACGAGGAUGAGAACCCACGGCGGGCAGAGUCCAGCACCCGGGAGGAUGAGUUUGGCAGCCAAGUGACCCGGACUCUGGAGAGCCUAGGCAGGGGCGGGGAGGAGAGGCCUGACUACGAGAAGAAAGCCACCGAGGUGACGCAGGAGACAGUGGAGUCCCUGAUGCAAAAGUUCAAAGAGAGUUUCCGCACUAACACGCCCAUUGAGAUUGGCCAGCUCCAGCCAGCGUUGCGCAGCACGUCGGUGGGGAGACGGAAACGCAGGAGCAGGCCCCGAGGCGGGAUCGGGUUUGGACGUGCUAAAGGAAACUCUGGCUCCGAGGCAGACGAUGAAACUCAACUGACCUUCUACACUGAGCAGUAUAGGAGCCGGAGGCGAAGCAAAGGUUCUGUAAAGAGUCCUGUGAACAAGACGGCUCUGACUCUCAUCACAAUCAGCUCCUGCAUCCUGGCCAUGGUAUGCGGCACUCAGCUGUCCUGCCCACUGACGGUGAAGGUGACUCUUCAUGUUCCUGAGCACUUCAUUGCAGAUGGAAGCAGUUUUGUCGUGAGUGAGGGAAGCUACUUGGACAUCUCCGAUUGGUUAAAUCCAGCCAAGCUGUCCCUUUACUAUCAGAUUAAUGCCACGUCACCUUGGGUGAGAGAUCUCUGUGGACAGAGGACUACAGAUGCCUGUGAGCAGCUCUGUGAUCAAGAGACUGGAGAGUGCAGCUGCCAUGAAGGCUAUGCCCCUGACCCAGUGCAUCGACAUCUGUGUGUGCGCAGUGAUUGGGGACACAGUGAAGGGCCUUGGCCCUACACAACACUUGAAAGGGGCUAUGACUUAGUCACAGGAGAGCAAGCGCCAGAGAAAAUACUCAGGUCCACCUAUAGUUUGGGUCAGGGGCUCUGGCUGCCGGUCAGUAAGAGCUUUGUGGUUCCACCUGUGGAGCUUUCCAUCAAUCCUCUUGCCAGCUGCAAGACAGAUGUACUGGUGACAGAAGACCCAGCAGAUGUCAGGGAAGAAGCAAUGUUGUCCACCUACUUCGAAACCAUCAAUGACCUGCUCUCCUCCUUCGGGCCAGUCCGAGACUGCUCGCGCAACAAUGGCGGCUGUACCCGCAAUUUCAAGUGUGUUUCAGACCGCAAGGUGGACUCCACGGGCUGUGUGUGUCCAGAGGAGCUGAGGCCCAUGAAGGAUGGCACCGGCUGCUAUGACUACUCCAAAGGGAUCGACUGCUCUGAUGGCUUCAACGGUGGCUGUGAGCAGCUGUGUCUCCAGCAGACCCUUCCUCUGCCACAUGAUCCCUCAUCCAGCACAAUCUUCAUGUUCUGUGGUUGCGUGGAGGAGUACAAGCUGGCCCCAGAUGGCAAAUCCUGCAUCAUGUUGUCCGACAUCUGUGAGGGCCCCAAAUGCCUGAAGUCAGAUGCUAAAUUUAAUGACACCCUCUUUGGUGAGAUGCUGCAUGGAUAUAACAACAGGAGCCAGCAUGUCAACCAAGGCCAGGUGUUCCAGAUGACUUUCAGGGAAAAUAACUUCAUCAAAGACUUCCCCCAGCUGGCAGACGGCCUGAUGGUGAUCCCGCUGCCUGUGGAAGAACAGUGCCGUGGCGUCCUGUCUGAGCCCCUGCCGGACCUCCAGCUGCUCACUGGAGACAUCAAGUACGAUGAGGCAAUGGGCUACCCAAUGGUGCAGCACUGGAGGGUCAGAAGCAACCUGUACAAAGUGAAGCUCAGUUCCAUCACCCUCUCUGCAGGAUUUGCAAAUGUCCUCAAGAUCCUCAACAAAGACAGCAGUCGGGAGGAGCUGCUGUCCUUCAUUCAGCAGUAUGGCUCCCAUUACAUCGCAGAGGCGCUGUAUGGAUCGGAGUUCAGCUGCACCAUCCACUUCCCCAGCAAGAAGGUACAACAGCAGCUUUGGCUCCAGUAUCAGAAAGAAACAACUGAACUUGGUAACAAGAAGGAGCUCAAGUCCAUGCCGUUUAUCACCUACCUCUCAGGCCUGCUGACAGCUCAGAUGUUGUCGGAUGACCACCUGAUCUUGGGCGUGGAGAUUCACUGUGAAGAGAAGGGGCGCUGCCCCUCUACCUGCCACCUAUGUAGGCGUCCUGGCAAGGAGCAGCUCAGCCCUACCCCGGUACUGCUGGAAAUUAACCGCGUGGUGCCACUGUAUGCUUUGAUCCAAGACAACGAUACCAGGGAGGCAUUCAAGGGAGCCCUGAUGAGCUCAUACUGGUGCUCAGGAAAAGGAGAUGUGAUCGAGGACUGGUGCAGGUGUGACCUCAAUGCCUUUGAUGAGAGUGGACUCCCAAACUGCAGCCCUCUCCCUCAGCCUGUGUUGCGCCUGUCUCCCAACGUAGAGCCCUCCAGCACAGUGGUCUCUCUGGAGUGGCUGGAUGUCCAGCCUGCAAUUGGGACAAAGGUUUCUGACUAUGUCCUUCAACACAAGAAGGUUGAUGAGUACACAGACACUGACCUCUACACAGGAGAAUCCUUGAGCUUUGCUGAUGAUUUGCUCUCUGGCCUUGCAACGUCGUGUGUGGCAGCUGGUAGGAGCCAUGGAGAGGUCCCCGAGAUCAGCCUCUAUUCAGUCAUUUUCAAGUGCCUGGAACCUGAUGGCCUGUACAACUUGAGGAAAAUAUGUUGCCUUCCUACUUGUGUUUUUCUGCGUAAAAAAAAAGUGUGUUUGAGACACCAGUCCUGCAGUGCAAGGGUUUGUAAUAGAAGAGCAGUUACAAGUCAGCUAAGAUUUACUCUGUAUGCUGUGGACACCCGAGGGAGGCAUUCAGAGCUGAGCACCGUCACGCUGAGGACAGCCUGUCCACUGGUGGAUGAUAACAAGGCGGAAGAGAUAGCUGACAAAAUCUACAACCUCUACAACGGCUACACCAGUGGGAAGGAGCAGCAAACAGCCUAUAACACACUGAUGGAGGUCUCCGCAUCCAUGCUCUUCCGAGUUCAGCACCAUUACAAUUCACACUAUGAAAAGUUUGGAGACUUUGUUUGGCGCAGCGAGGAUGAGCUGGGGCCCAGGAAAGCGCACCUGAUCCUAAGGAGGUUGGAGAAAGUCAGCAACCACUGCUCAACCCUGUUACGCAGUGCCUAUAUCCAGAGCCGCACUGAAACCAUGCCCUACCUGUUCUGCCGCAGUGAAGAGGUUCGGCCACCCGGCAUGGUCUGGUACAGCGUCCUAAAAGACACCAAAGUGACAUGCGAAGAGAAGAUGGUUUCCAUGCUGCGCAACAUGUACGGAGAGUCCAAGGGGCGGUGAGGGAAGAUGUCGGCCUGAAGCUGUGGAAGGCAAAGGGACUCCAAGGAGUCAAGAACUUGUGAUAUCCUGAAUAGCUGGUGGGAUGUGGGGGAAGGGUGACGUUCGGAGGGGUUGGAGGGGACAGCAAGGCCGAACGGGACUUUCUCACUAAGAUGGUGGAGAAACAAGAAAUCAGCAAGUUGGACUUUAAUUUCCUUUUUUUAUUUUUAAAGAGAAAAUACCUAAUUUGACUCAGCAUAAAAGUCUCUCCUUUUUAAUCUUUUCUUACUGAAUUUCCUGGACUACACACAUGAAACCCGAGUGGAGGAGAAAUCCAAAAGAGCCAGGGCCACACCAGGGAGUGAACUGGGAGAGGGGAGAGAUUGACUUGGGCAUGACCUCCCCUGCUAGCCCUGGAAAUGGAUGGGCUAGGAAAGGGGAGGUGGGUGGUGAACUGCCUCGGUGCAUCAAGGAGAAAAAAGAAAUACCUUGGUUCUGGGAGGCGCCGUGAGAAGCUGGAGGCACCAUCCUGAAUGUGGAGGUCAUGGAGAUUCAUGCCAGGCAAGUGCCAGGACAUUGCAGGCAAACUGUUUUUUUAACACUCCCAAGUUUACAGAACUGUUCCUUGGGGAGCCUUCAUUUGCAGGGUUCCUGACAGGUUGUUCUGUGCAUUAAAGAUUCAUAUUAAGUCCA